CACUCGAAUGACCCUGUUCGAUUCAUUUGACGUUCACUCCACGCUUUCACGCUCAGAAAUAAAAAUUAGCACAUGUUGUGUUCAGUGUGGUCAUAAAAUUUUUUAAUUUUGGUUUAGCAAUCGUGUGGGAUAAUGUCAGGUAAAGCCGUUUUAGAAGAACAAGUGAAACAACAGGGCGAACUAGUGAGGAAAUUGAAAGCGGCGAAAGAAAAUAAGGAAAAGGGUGAUACUGGAAUUUCGACAUUCCUAGUAGACCUGACUGAAUCCCAUUAUAUUUGCUUAAAUGAGUACCUAUCAUCGAGAAGCUACAUUUGUGGAUAUUCUCCAACGGUAGCGGACAACGAUGUUUUUUGCAAAGUCACAAAUAAUCAGAAAUAUGUGCACAUCUCCAGAUGGUACAGCCAUAUUAAGUCAUACUCGAAUAAUGAAAGAAACUGCUUCAAAAAAAGUGACAACAAUCUAAUGCGCGAACUAAUCAAUGACUUUUUAAAUCUACAGAUCGCCGAAGAAGUAGCCAAAUUGUUGGAGCUGAAGGCCCAGUUGAACGAUGGCAACGAAACGACGGCCGGACCCCAAAAGUUCACCCUCAAAACGCCGAAGGGCACGAGGGAUUUUUCUCCGGAACAAAUGGCUGUGAGGAACUCGGUUCUGCAGAAGAUCGUGUCAGUAUUUAAGAAACACGGGGCCGAAACCAUCGACACGCCCGUGUUCGAACUUAAGGAAGUAUUGACUGGAAAGUAUGGCGAAGAUUCCAAGUUGAUAUACGACCUGAAAGACCAAGGCGGCGAAAUCCUUUCGCUACGCUACGACUUGACGGUUCCUUUCGCCAGGUACCUGGCCAUGAGCAAAAUAACUAACAUCAAACGUUACCACAUAGCCAAAGUGUACAGAAGAGACAAUCCCUCGAUAUCGCGUGGGAGGUACAGAGAGUUUUACCAAUGUGAUUUUGAUAUAGCGGGAGCUUACGAUGAAAUGAUUCCGGAUGCGGAAUGCGUGAAGAUCGUGUACGAAAUCCUGGAGAAGCUCGAAAUGGAACCGUUUGUCAUUAAGCUGAACCACAGGCUGCUCUUAGACGGCAUGUUCGAGGCCUGUGGCGUACCCAAAGAUAGUUUUAGAAGCAUUUGUUCUGCCGUCGACAAAUUAGACAAAUCGCCGUGGGAGGAUGUGAAGAAAGAGAUGUGCGAAGAAAAAGGCCUGGCAGAACACGUAGCCGACCAAAUCGGCGAAUACGUCAGACUAAACGGUAAAUCGGAACUGGUGGAGAAACUGUUGGCGGACGAAAAACUGUCCAAAAACAAGUCGGCGGUCGCAGGUUUGGAAGCAAUGAAGUUGAUCUUGAAGUACUGCGAGAUCUACGGGACCUCGGAUAAAGUGUCGUUCGAUUUGAGUUUGGCCAGAGGCCUGGACUACUACACAGGAAUCAUCUACGAAGCAGUUUUGAUGGGCAAGUCUGAUGGGAAAGGAGAGGAUAUAUCUGUUGGGUCCGUUGCUGGCGGUGGUAGAUACGAUAAUCUUGUCGGCAUGUUCGAUCCCAAAAAUAAACAGGUUCCGUGCGUUGGGGUGUCCAUCGGAGUUGAGAGGCUGUUUGCUGUUUUAGAAGCCAAACUUUCCGCUAACAAGCAGAAGAUCAGGACCACUGAGGUGCAAGUUUAUGUGGCUAGCGCACAAAAGAAUUUGGUUGAGGAGCGCAUGAAAAUUUGUAAGGAACUUUGGGACGAAGGUUUGAAGGUGGAACAUUCGUACAAGAAAAACCCGAAACUGUUGGCUCAAUUACAACACUGUGAAGAAUACGGUAUACCUUUAGCCGUUAUUCUGGGAGAAUCGGAAAUUAAGAACGGGGUUGUUAAACUCAGGGAAGUAACAACUAGGGCGGAAGUGGAAGUACCUAGAGGAUCGCUGGCGGAUGAAAUCAGGAAACGACUGCAAACAUUUUCUUCUAAUGGAUCGGCUUGACGUUUCGGAUUUUAUUACACCUAGGUCUAAUAAUGUAAAAGAAAAACGAUUUGGGUAACUGGAUUGAAUCAUUAAUUUUAUGUUACCUAAAUAGUAUUAUUUAGGAUUUAAAUUUUAUUUAUUGUUUACUGCAAUGAUUUGCUACACCUAUUUAUUAUACAUAACUGUUUAUAAUAAAUAUUAUAAAUAAAUGUCUGUACCAUA